GCUACUGGGCUUAUAAUGCGCGAGUCGGACAGUGUCCUAGGAUAUAGCUGUAGUCUAUUGCACAAGACAUCACCCGUUUUUAUUAUGGUCGUACAAUUACCACGAUGAAAAUAAGCCUGGUAUUGAAGAAAUGUCGAUGAGGCCACCUAUUUAGCCUAUUCAACGUGAUGUCAGAGUGUCCUAUAAGCUACAGUUCGCAUUUGCCCUUGCAUCAACAAAGGACAUAAUAUCGCGCCGCUUAUCCGGGAAUUGUAAAUGGAUGAAACUGCGGCAGCCCGGGAGGCCGGAGGAAGCAUGCACACAUCCGGGGCCGGUAGAUCGGACCAGGUGGAUACGGCCGGCCUCUCUCUCAAGCUGGAUUCUGGAGACAUGGAAGACGCUGGUCCUAGGAGGUCUACAAUAACUAGCGAGAUGCCGUCCCCCACAGCUCAGGGUCUAGGCCCAGGUCAGGAGAAGAAGAUUGGCCACAGGAGAGUAGACGCCUCUGGAGAGACCACCUACAAGAAGACCACGUCCUCUGCCCUGAAAGGUGCCAUCCAGCUGGGCAUCGGCUACACGGUGGGCAACCUGAGCUCCAAGCCGGAGAGAGAUGUCCUCAUGCAGGACUUCUACGUGGUCGAGAGCAUCUUCUUCCCCAGUGAGGGUAGUAACCUGACUCCUGCCCACCACUACCCAGACUUCAGGUUUAAGACCUACGCCCCCGUGGCCUUCCGUUACUUCAGAGAGCUGUUUGGGAUCCGACCCGAUGACUACCUGUACUCACUAUGUAAUGAGCCCCUAAUCGAGCUGUCCAAUCCCGGUGCCAGCGGCUCCAUAUUCUAUGUAACCAGGGACGACGAGUUCAUCAUCAAAACAGUCAAUGCCAAGGAGGCGGAGUUUCUGCAGAAACUACUUCCUGGAUACUACAUGAAUCUGAAUCAGAACCCGAGGACCCUGCUUCCUAAGUUCUUUGGUCUCUACUGCGUCCAGUCUGGUGGUAAAAACAUCCGCAUCGUGGUCAUGAACAAUGUGUUACCACGCGCCGUACGCAUGCACCUCAAGUUCGACCUGAAGGGCUCCACGUAUAAACGGCGUGCGUCGAAGAAAGAGAGGGAGAAAUCGAAUCCCACCUUUAAAGAUCUGGACUUUAUAUCAGAUGUACCGGAAGGACUGACCCUGGAUCAGGAUACAUACAGCGCCCUGCUAAAGACCCUACAGAGAGACUGUCUGGUGCUAGAGAGCUUUAAGAUCAUGGACUACAGUCUACUGCUGGGGGUCCACAACCUGGGCCAGGCUGUGAGAGAGUCCCAGGGCUCACCAGCAGGGGGCGAUGAAAAGAAGCCUCUGGCCCAGAGAGCCCUCUACUCCACUGCCAUGGAGUCUAUACAGGGAGGGAAGGCUUGUAGAGACACACUAGACCACGAUGCUACGAUGGGUGGUAUUCCUGCUGUGGAUGGUAAAGGAGAGCGACUCCUUCUCUUUAUUGGAAUUAUCGACAUACUGCAGUCCUACAGGCUCAUCAAGAAACUGGAGCACUCGUGGAAGUCUCUGAUCAGUGACGGGGACACAGUGUCUGUCCACAGGCCCAGUUUCUAUGCAGACAGGUUCUACAAGUUCUGCAGCACCACCGUCUUUAGAAAGAGCUGCUCCCUGAGGUCUUCUCCCUCCAAGAGGGGACGAGGAGGGGCUCUGCCCGUGCCCAAAAUCAGUGUCCAAACACAGCUUUCCAUAGAGAGAGAGAACCAGGAGAACGAAGACCUGCACCUCAGAGGGGCUCGUGGCUUCCCUCUGCUGGAGGAGGACGGUCAGAGAGAGCAUCCCCAUACUCCUCCGUCUUUGGAGGAUGCGACCACAGCAUCCAUCGCUACCACUCUCUCCUCAACCAACUCUCUCCCUACCACACCCUUUGAUACACCAGAACAUCCACGUUUCAGGAGGCCAACCCACUCUCCACGGGACCGUGAGGGCAGUUUCAGGCCACAGAAAGAAGUAGUGGAGGUGCACGAGCAGACCAUCACUGUUGCUGUAGAGGUGAAGAGGGAACCUACAACCAGUGUGGUUCCAGAGGACCUUCAGGACUCUAAAGUAACAGAGGAGGAAGUCAUCACACAGACCACAGCUGCUUCCCCCACCUCCUCUACACCUCCUUCAACCCCUCCUCCCUCCUCCGCCCCUCCCUCCUCCACUCCUCCCUGCUCAGUCCCACCAGCCUCCACUCUCCCUCGUUCCCUUCCUCCCUCAGUCCCUUCCUCCUCUGCCCCUCACUCGAACUCCACUCUCCCUUCUUCUUCCACUCAUCCUUUCUCCGCCCCUCAAUCAUCAGCUCACAACGCCUCCACCCUUCCACCCUCUGCAGUCCCUACAGCCUCCAACUCUCCCUCUUCCACCACUCCCGCCUCCACCUUUCCUUCCUCCUCCCGCCAUUCUUCUCUCCUUCCAAGCACCCCUCCCUCCUCUCUCCCUCCGAGCCCCCAGGUGACAGCAGAACGCUUUUCGUCCAAUCAUCUGUCUGUCACCUCGUCCGUCAGCCACAACUCACUGGAGGGGGAGGUGCCAGUCUCAGACAUCUACUUUUAUGCUGAUGGGAGGUAUUGGGUGUACUCCCCAAUUCUGGGUCGUAAGAAGCUCAACUCAAGCUCGAGCUGCAAUAAUCAGGAGGACAGGAGCUGGGUGUACUCUCCUCUGCACUACGGCUCAGAGUCCAGACCUGGCUCUGACGGGGAGAGCGAGACAUAAGUUGAGUGAAGUCUCCAAUGUAAGCAAAUCACUUGAGAGGAUUGAAGACUACAGACAGAAGCUGUGAUGCUUUACGAAGCUCCAUGAAGCUCUAUGAAGCUUCUACGGCGUUGUGUAACCGUUGUGGCCCAAGCUGCAUGUGAAGGCUUGUUCUACCCACUAGGAUGGAGAAGGAUUCUUUGGGAACACUUAUUGAAAUGUUAUUUCUCUGCUUUGGCAACACCUUCCCCAACACACACAAACGCUAACACACACGUCUUCACACUCACACACCCUAACAUUGUCCUAUAUACAGUGCUGUG